AUGAUGGUUUCUCCAUACCAACCGCUGGAUUCAAAAGCCGAACAAAUUCGGAUGGCAGUAUUGGCACCCGGCAAAUCCGAUGAUGUCAUCGACAUUCUGUUGCGCGUAGAAAGCCUUCCCAAGGAUAGUGUCAAGGAGUUACAGUUUGAGGCCAUCUCAUACGUCUGGGGCAAUGAGCAAUUUCCGCACACGAUCCAGAUUAACGGCAACACCAUGCCCAUUGGCCUAACUCUGGAUCACGCACUUCAUCAGUCUCGCUGUUUGGACAAGGAACGAGUCUUCUGGGUCGACGCUUUGUGCAUCAAUCAGGCAGAUACCUUUGAGCGAAAUUCUCAGGUGCAACUAAUGGGCCGCAUCUAUUCUUCAGCGACUACAGUAUUGAUAUGGCUUGGCUGUGGCGAUGAAGAUGAGGUGAAGGCGAUGCAAAUGAUCACGAGCCGGGAGCAUUGGAACCUCGAAAUGCGUCAAAUCUUGACUCGUAUCUUCCAGGGCCCUUGGUUCCGUCGCGUGUGGGUGGUCCAAGAACUUGUUCUGGCCAGAAACGACCCCUUAGUAUACGUUGGGCCGGCUUCGAUAUCAUAUUUAACUCUGUGGACACAGAUCUAUGGUAGUCGGAGACACCACUUCGGCCUUGCCCCCGAAUCUUUGGCCGAAGAACCCCAAGACGUCAAUUACAAGCGAUUCCUGAGGGCAACCCGCCCUUUUAGCAAGCUCAGUUCGAUGAGAGACGACAGAACGUGUAGCUUCGCUGCAAACAUUCUCAACACUUCCCAAUUAAAAGCCACGGAUCCUCGCAACAAGGUCUUCGGCAUACUUGGAUUCUCGUACUUCCCAACGUAUCCUUGA